AUGUCUUGGUUUGGACACCUGAGCGGGCAACCUCCGGAGCCACCGCGCACUCCGGGGGGCACUGAAUACCCGCCAUCGCCGUUUGGCAACUUCCCCAUAAACGAUACGUACCCGAAGGUAGAGGACCCUUCCGGGGUGGAGAAGGACCGAUUGGUUUCCACGAAACAAGCCAACAGGCCAUUCCUCGCAUAUAAGGAAUAUCGUGACAAGCAGGAGAAGGAGCAUCAGGCAUGGAUGGAGAGGAAGAAAGAACGCGAGGAGAAACUCGCGAAAGGAGAAGCAGUUGGCCCAGAGGAACCUGACCCUACGGAGGAGAGAGAAGUCGGCUGUAUUGGUCUGCUCAAAUUCUUCACGAUCCUUCUGGUGAUCACCCUGCUCGCCGGCAAGUUCUUCACGGGUGACUAUCUCUGGGAUUAUCAGGGCAAGUGGAGAUCCUUGAAGGCGUAUAUACCCAACGGCGACCAACUUAUCACGGAGAAGCAACUUGCGCAGCACGAUGGUUCUGACUCCAACAAACCUCUCUGGCUAGCGAUUGAUGGGGACGUCUAUGAUGUUAGCAGUAAUCGUAAAACGUACGGACCCGGCGGCUCCUAUCAUGGAAUGGCUGGCAUCGACGCUGCUCGGGCUUUCGGCACGGGUUGCUUCAAAGAUCAUCGCACACAUGACCUUCGCGGCAUGUUGGAUAGCGAAAUGCAGGGCGUUGAACACUGGAAAGAGUUCUUCGCCAAUCACAAGAGUUAUCCAAAGGUUGGAAAGGUCGUCCAUCCUCCGAUUGACCCCGCAAGCCCGAUCCCAGAGGCAAGUUCCGCCCUAGUGUAUCUGUUUCAUUCCCGUUCGCCGUGCUCAACAUUCACGUACAGCAUUGCGAUCCGAAGAAAGCCGCUAAAUUGA